UUGGAAGGCACAGAAAUAUUUGGUAAACACACACAAAAAAAAAAAAAAACCAUAACCUUUGUGGUUUACCAAACACAUAGUGUAGACUAAGCCCCCAAAAAAAAAACCUUGUUUGUUUUUUUCUCUUCCUCUCUUGUUAUCUUCAUAGUAAGAAUGUCGUGGGGAGUGAUGGAGGGACAUUUUGGAUGGGGAAGCUGCAGCAGCAAUGGUGCUGCAACUGUGGUUGAAGAAGCUGCAGCAGCUGCUGGGUGGAGAAAGGGGCCGUGGACCGCCGAAGAAGACAAGCUGCUGAUCGAGUAUGUGAAGCUGCAUGGCGAAGGGCGAUGGAACUCUGUCUCCAGGCUUGCAGGACUGAAGAGGAAUGGGAAGAGUUGCAGGCUGAGGUGGGUGAAUUACCUGAGGCCAGACCUGAAGAGAGGACAGAUCACUCCACAGGAAGAGACCAUUAUUGUGGAGCUCCAUGCUAGGUGGGGGAACAGGUGGUCCACUAUAGCUCGGAGCCUGCCAGGAAGAACGGACAACGAGAUCAAGAACUAUUGGCGAACCCACUUCAAGAAAAAGACCAAAGUGCCCCUCCUCGACACCUCCGAGAAGGCCAGGAACCGCCUCCUGAAGCGGCAGCAGUUCCACCAGCAGCAGAAGGAGCAGCAGCAGUUGCACCAGCACCAGCACCAGCAACAACAGCAACAGCUGCUGUGGCAGCUGAACCAGCUGGACAUGAAAAAAAUCAUGUCCUUGCUGGACGACACCUCCGACUACCCCGCCGCCGCCAUGGCUCAGUUCAGCGGCAGGCAGGAUCAGGUCGCCGUCGCCGCCGCCAGUAGCAGCAGCAACGGUAAUACAGCUCAUCAUGUUUACCCUAACGGCGGGGAUCAUUUCUUUAGCAACGGCAUGUUCAGCGUCGUUAAUGAUGAUGAUAAUAAUAAUAAAGCACCGGCGGCAGAGGCGGCGUCGAGCGAUGAAGUGGGUCUGUGGGAGGAGGGGCUGUGGAGCCUGGAGGACUUCCACGUGGCGGUGGCUACUGGCAGAGUCCCCAACUUGGUUGCACCUUUUUGUUGACUUUGUUGGCUUAAUUAAUCAUCCAACGAUCGAGGCAACAACGGAAUGCAGCUAUAUAUAGCGGUGUUUAUAUAUAUAUAUAUAAUCUGCCCGGCCGGCCGGCCAAUAAACUCGAUCGAUCGUCUUCAUGUGUCAUUUUUGUUUCCUUGCUCCAUUCCAUGGUGGUUUAGACCAACCAAAAAAUCGGGUGGGGAGCUCCUAAAAGGUGGAGCUUUUGUCUUGGUGCAGAAACAGUUGUUCAUUAAUUGCAAGCUGUAAAACUCUCGUUUCCAUCUGCUACAAAAAGUCGGUCGUUUCCAUUUCAACCAUGACUUAUGACGAUGGACGAAUGAUAAAUCGAAAAUUGUACC